AAAUAGUAAGGAGAAAUUAUUGCGGCGUUUAAGUUUGAUACCCUGCUAAAAUGUCGCAUUUACUAGUAGAUGAAGAAUCUCUGGAAACGUUAACCUAUGAACGUUCGAAACUGUGGUCAAACUUUCUUAAGCGUUGCGAGAAUAUGGAAGAUGGCGAAGAAUUAAAUAUGAGUAGUAUCGAAGAAGUAUAUAAAAAUGAUGAUGAAGAAAGUAUUGGUGAUAUAGAAGAAGCCGUAGAAGAUGUAGUGGACGAAGUGGAGGAAGUACACAAUACUACGGCAUUUAUGAGCAAGGCAGAAAUUACCUUGAUGAUAUGCAGCGGCGAUAAUAAAGAGAUUUUAGAUCAAACGCUACCAAUUGUUCAAGAACACGUACGUAAAUGGAAGGCUGCUGGCCUUGAUCGCAUACUAAACACAUUCGAUGAGCAGAAGAUAGAACAGCAUGUGGGUGAUUGGCUGCGGCGUCACAAUAGUGCAUAUGGCGACAAGACUCUGCAACCAUUGUCGCAGACAAAACAGUGUCACAGGCGCUUCAAGGCAACCGAUCAUGUGUUCUCUCCGGCGGCCAACAGCGAUAGCGAGACCGAGUCAAUGCAUUCUGUGGACACAGCACGCUAUAUACGCGCCAGUCGAAAGCGGACUGUGUCGACUGCCACUAAAUGCAGCAGCCCCAUGACAACAAUCAAAAUGUAUCGCACGCUCCCACGCAUGCGCGACGAGCUGCGUGCUAAAUACAGCUGCAAUGAAUACAAUGAGGACCAAGAGCAUCGGCACCACAUGCAGGCAUUACGCCAUAGACGUGACCAGCUGCACAGAUGCAACCGUGAGCGGGAACGUGAGCGUGAUCAUGAAAUCAUUUAUCACCCGACUCCUAGGCACUAUCCGUACAGGGUUGCUUCCAGUUUCCAUGGCCAGCAGCGUCGUAAGCAGCUGCGUAAGCGGCGGGACAGCUCUCCACAUUUUCCAUCAACAUCCUCCAGCGAAGAUGAGACCGCUCACAGCCGUUGCGACUGCAAUGCCUGUAUGAGACGCGUCUUUUCCAUGUCUUCCCAUCCUUAUUGUGGCUAUCGUAGCUACCAGAGUCAUAGCCUAUAUCAUCAUCAGCGACUUGAAAUGGGAUCGAGGACUUCGCACAGCACUUUUAAGCGUAGCGUGCGCCACGUGCGACGUCAGCACUCAUUCGAGGACGAUUUACGUCCGCGUUUGUUGGAGAGUGAAUGUAAGUGUUGCAACAAGGAUCGACUCUGCUCCAAUGUGGUGCACAUCGCCAAUAGCUCAACAGAGGAGUGGCUGGUUGAGAAUAGAAGCAGUCCAGAUCUACUGAAUUUAAAAGCGCAAACUCAGACACCGACCAGCAGUCGCUUCAAUACAAACUCAACGUUGAAGUCGAAAAUGGCACCAGCACUUGAGCAAAUUGAUGUUGUUGCUGAAGAAACAGACGAAGACACCGAAGAAGGUGUGUUGGAGAAAAAGAGUAAUACAGACAAGGAACACCUACCGAGAGAUAAGCCCAAGAGGAAACGAUUAGAAAAAUGCAACAAUUCAGACAAAGCAUCAAAAACUAAGCCAUCCAAUGACAUCAGUAAGCCAGAAAUAAGUGAGGAACCUGUGAAGGCGAAAAAUGAGCGAAUUACAAAAUCUAGUAAACUCAAAGGUCCUCAACUCAAAGGCCAGAAAAAGAAGGCAGUAAAAUCAGGAAAAAAAGGUUCAGCAGCUGGAAAAAAUGGGAAGAGUGCUGUGGCUAGCAGCUCAGUCGGUAAGGUGCGCCCGAAACUAAAAAGUGGAGCCAAACAGACAUCCGAGGAAUCGGAAAAUUCCGAUGAAGAUUUUAAGCUAGCCGUUGCGCUUUCAAAACAAACUUUUUUGAGUGAGCAAAAGAAAUCGAUUCAAAAUGCUGAUACGAAAAUGGAUGAGGAUUCAGAUUCAUCGUCCAAAUUGCCGGAACAAUCGACUUUUAAUAAUAGCAGUGUGGCCUGCAACUCAACGGCCGUGUCUAUUGAUACGGCAUGUGCACAUUCUAUGAAAAAUCUUAAUAUGCAACCAACUAAUGAUGUUGCCAAUACGAUUGCAAACUUCAAGCAAACCGUGGAGAUAUCAGAUAGUGACGGCGACUGCACCAUCGUCACGUCAACGACUGGCUGCGAGGCAGCCGCUGCAGUUGCGAAGCCUGCUGGAGACGUGCCUCAGCCUCCAACUAAUAUUAAGCCGACUAAAAAGGGUUAUCUACUGUAUAGACCAGCCGACCGUUCUCAGAGCUGUAACUCUGGCAACUUUACGCUUACAGAGCAUACUCUAGUCCCCAUCAUUGGACAAAAUAGGGCCCGCAAAUUCCUGAAGUAUUACACGGGCGCUCGCAGUUUUGAUAAUCGCUAUUCAGUGUAUUAUCGGCCCACAGAGAAGAUGGCAAAUGCGUUGAGUGCAGGCGCCAAGUCUGUGGAUUAUAUGUCUUCCAGUAGCAGUGGCAGCGACUCCGAUAUCUUCGAUCGUCUUCAUCGUUACGGUGAUGUUUAUUUGGAAAAGAACGACAGCGAUUGAUUCGCGUUAACUUGUUGGUAGUAGCUCUAAGGCAACCAUUGCAUAUACAUACUUAAAAUAAAUUUGGAAUAACAUUAAGGGGAUAGUU